UGGCGUAGCAAUCAUGAAGUGUAAAAUUACACUUUCAGUUUUAUGUUUGUUUUUGGUAAUAAUUCCUAAUGUUUGUCCUAGGAGAAUCACAUGGCAGCAAAUCAAACAAGUCACGCGUAUUUGGAAAGCAAUUUCAGGCAAAGACCUUUCCAGUCGACUAAAGAUAAAAGAUUUAAAUAUGAAAGGAGGAUCAUACAUAAAAAAUAUAAAGAUAACUCAUGUUGAUAUACCAAGAAUAUCGAUCAAGGGAAGUUGGACGAAAGGUAAAAUUGUCGAAGCAUCGAACAUUGGAAUAGGAGUAACAGCUGAUUGGCGUGUGAAAAAAAAAGUUUUAUGGGUAAUACCAUAUAGGGAAAGUGGUACACUAAGAGCAUCUGUUUCAAAUGUGAAGUUCCGGGUAACCUUACACAAGAACACAUUUAGAGUAAAGAGUUGUUCUGAAUCAAUUGGUGCCACUAAAGUCAAACUAAGAGGCAAGCUGCUUGCAUGGGUUGUUAGAAAAUUUGUGAAUGUUGACAAAUGGUUAAAAAAGAAGCUAAAAGUAAAGAUAUGUAAGGCUGUUACUAAAGCGAUCAAUAAACAGUCAUCAAGAAUUUCAAGAAUAGUUAAAGGAUAAUGUGAAAAUUAUAUAAAAAGGUUGUAAGAGCAGAAUAACUGAAAACAAACAACAU